UUUGUUUAUUGCAUGGCUUACGAAAAUUGAUGGCAAACCAUUUAAAGUUGAAUCAAUUAACAACUGUUAUGCUGCAUUAGUAUGCUAUUUACGUGAAAAUUCUUCUAUUCUAGGUAAAGUUAACAUUUGGGACAAAUAUAUAUUUUCAAGAACAAUCCAAGUAUUAGAUGGCAAGAUGAGAUCGUUACAAGAUGAAGGUUAUGGUGACACUGAUAAAAGUGAUUCAUUAAUACCUAACGAAAUAGUUUCUUGUUUAAAUCAUGAAUAUUUAUCAAUUAAUAAUAAUGAAA